AUGAUGCACGGCCAGUUGCUGUUCUGCUUUCUUCUUACAAUUCUGGCAUGUGCUGCAGAGGAAGAUGACAGCGAUAGUGGGAUCUCCGACGUAGACUAUAAUGGAAGCCAUGAAAGAGAAAGCGACGAUGGAGGUUCGGGAGAUGAAGAAGGCGACGGUGGAAGUCCUAGAGUUGAAGAAGCCGUUGCGUUGAGCGGUGAGAACGGUGGAGACUUCAAUGGUACUUAUUUCAAAGAACUUUUCGCUAAUAACAGUGAGUGGUCACCAGAAGAGUGCAGAGAGCAGUAUUGCGUGAAUGCCGGCAAGAUCGAUCAUUGGGAUAGGAAGUAUGGUAAUUGUAUGAAGUACUGUUUGGAAGUCAGACCAAAAGUCGAACUCUUUUCAUUUUAA